AUGGUUUGCAGAAGAUUUAAGAGUUCCUGUAGAUAUAGGAACAAAAGAAAACGGGAAAAACUUAAAACCCGUAAACUAAAUAACAAGUACAAAUCAAGAAAGAUUCGAGAAGAAUCUUGCAAAAAGUUUGUGUUGAACUUGUCCAGUAGACUACUGACAAAUGAGGAAUAUCUCCUCUUGGGAAAAGGGAUGAAGUUUAUUCCUACCCCUAAAGUUUCAAGUACUUACAUACGUAAACAAAUCAUGAAGGAUUUUCUUGAACUAGCUAGAAAAUUGAGAUGUAGAUUUCACUACUCUACAAACACAAUUAAAGAAAUCCAUCCUUUAUACUUACAAACAGGACAUAUUUCUCCUAACGGAAAUAAUGCCCUUGAAGGUUACAUAACUGAUACAAAACUUGAAAUUUCUAGAUUAAAGGUUAAACAGUUCAAACACAACCUUACACUAGCAGAGCGUACAGCUUUCAAUUAUCUCAUAAAAGAUGACAGCAUCUAUAUAUCUAAGGCAGAUAAAAACAACACAACUGUGGUCGUAAACACACUUGAAUAUAUUAAUGCAGGAACUAAUCACUUAAACAGUGAUCAUUACAAGAAAAUAAAUCAUACAAACACAGAGCUUAUCGCUAGAUCUAUUUCAAAGAUUGUAAAUAAACUAUUUACAAACAAAGAAAUUGAUGAGCACACUUAUAACUUCUUAAGUGACUGCAAAAAUCCUAAACAUGGAUACAUGUACCUUCUUCCAAAGAUACAUAAAAUUCGGCAAGACUCGUUAGAAGCUAUCAAAUUAGAUGGGUAUAAAAUUGGAGAAUUAGCUGUGCCUUUUAGGCCUAUAAUCAAUAAAUGCAAUUCUCCAACAAGAAGAAUUGAAAAGUUUUUAGAUUUAAUAUUAAAACCUUUAUUGAGGAAACUAGAGUUUUACAUUCAAGACACAAAAGAUUUUAUCAAUAGGAUAGAGUCUAAGACCUGUGUAUGUAACUGUACACUAAUUGCCUAUGAUGUAACUUCAAUGUAUACAAACAUGAACAUCGACAAUUUACUAGAUACAACCAAGAAUUUCUUAGAUCAAAUUGAUCGAACAAAGUAUAAGUUUAAAGUACCAAACAAAUCAGAUCUAAUAUCUUUUGCAAAAAUUAUAUUGGAAAACAAUGAGUUCCAAUUUAAUGGGACUUUAUAUAAACAAGUUAUAGGGGCACCACAAGGUGGAAUAUUAUCACCCACUGCCACCGAUCUGCAUCUGUCAACAAUACUUAGAAAAAUCUUAGACAAAUUUCAAUUUAAAAAUAGCAUUAGUAUGAUUUGUCAAUAUCGUGACGAUGGUUUCAUGAUUACAGAGUGCAACAAAUCACAAAUUGAUGAGUUCUUUGCAAUUGCAAACAACAUUGACCCUCUACUUAAGUUUACGUAUAAUUUCUCCAAUACAGAAGUGACGUACUUAGAUACUGAGGUGUACAAAGGGGAGCGUUUUAAAUCGAGUGGUGUCCUUGACAUCAGGUUACAUGUCAAACCAACUGAAACGUAUCAGUACCUCCCAAUUACAAGUGCACAUCCUAAACAUACUUUUAGAAGUAUUGUUACAGGUGAAACAAUUCGUCACAUAAGAAAUAAUAGCAACGAAACUGAUCUCAACAAACAUCUCCUGACUUUGGAGAAUAAACUUAUAGAUAGAGGCUAUGAUAAGUUGGAAACUGCAAAAAACAUUAAAGAUGUGAAAUACAAGAUUAAACGAUGCAGUACUCUGUCAGAUAAUUUUAGACAAAGGGAAAUUCCACUUACACUAGUAACUAAAUAUAACCCUACAGUUAUAAAUCUUAACAGAGCUAUUAAGAAGCAUUGGCAAAUUUUGCAAAGAGAUGAAUAUUGUAAAACAAUAUUUAAACAGAUGCCUAUUAUUGCAUAUAAACGCAGUAAAAAUUUAAAAGAGCACCUAGCAAAAACAAGACUUUUAAAUAGGGAGACUUUUGAGAAGGGACCCUUGCUAAAAUAA